AUGACUUAUACAAGCUCUGCUGCAACUACAAGAGUCAAAUUAAUACCCCCAAAGGAACUACCAGUACUUGUUCAAAAGGAAAAUGAAUACGGGUCUUUGACGUCUAAGGAAUUUUUAUUGGAAACCAAGAGAUUAAAGAGCAAAUCAUUGGGUCCACCAAUCAUGGAUACUCCUCCAUAUUAUAUCGUUCUAAUUACUUACCUGAAUUAUUUGAUCUUGAUUAUUCUGGGUCACAUACAUGAUUUCCUUGGAUUAAAGUUUCAAAAGGAAAAGCAUACUGAUGUCAUUGAACAAGAUGGUUAUGCUCCUUGGUUUUCUAAAUUUGAAUCUUUUUAUGUUAGAAGAUUAAAGAAAAGAAUCGAUGAUUGUUUUGCAAGACCAACCACUGGUGUCCCAGGUAGAUUCAUUGAGUGUAUUGAUCGUAUUUCUCAUAACAUGAAUGAUUUCUUUACAUACCCAGGCUCUACUACAAUGUGUUUGAAUUUAUCCUCUUAUAAUUAUUUAGGUUUUGCUCAAAGUAAAGGACAAUGUACUGAUGCUGCUUUAGAUUCUAUCGAUAAAUAUGGUGUUCAAAGUAAUGGACCAAGAACUUUGAUUGGUACAACUGAUUUACAUGUAGAAGCGGAACGUUUGAUUGCUACAUUCUUGGGCAAAGAAGACGCUAUGAUUUUCUCUCAAGGGUAUGGUACUAAUGCUAAUUUCUUCAAUGCCUUUUUAGAUUCAAAAUGUUUGGUCAUUUCUGAUGAAUUAAAUCAUACUUCCAUUAGAACUGGGGUCAGAUUAUCUGGUGCUACUGUGAGAAUCUUCAAACAUAACGAUAUGACUGCUUUGGAAAAGUUAAUUAGAGAACAAAUCGUAUUGGGUCAACCAAAGACAAGUCGUCCAUGGAAGAAAAUUAUUAUUUGUGUAGAAGGUUUAUUCUCGAUGGAAGGUACUCUAUGUAAUUUACCAGCUUUGAUUGAAUUAAAGAAGAAAUAUAAAUGUUAUCUAUAUGUUGAUGAAGCUCAUUCCAUUGGUGCUAUGGGUCCAACUGGGCGUGGUGUUUGUGAUGUCUUUGGUGUUGAUCCAAAUGAAAUCGAUAUUUUAAUGGGUACUUUUACAAAAUCAUUCGGUGCUGCAGGUGGUUAUAUUGCUUGUGAUAAAUGGAUGAUUGAUAGAUUCAGAUUGGACUUAUCUACUUGUAGUUAUGGUGAAUCUACCCCUGCUCCCGUCUUGGCUCAAAUCAUCUCUUCCACAAGAACUAUCAUGGGUCAGCUUCAUCCAGGUGAAGGUGCAGAAAGAUUACAAAGAAUUGCUUUCAACUCAAGAUACUUACGUCUAGGGUUGCAAAGAUUGGGUUUCAUUGUUUAUGGUCAUCCAGACUCACCAGUUAUCCCAAUGUUAUUAUACUGUCCUUCUAAGAUGCCCGCUUUCUCGAGAAUGAUGUUACAAAGAAAAAUUGCCGUUGUUGUCGUUGCAUACCCAGCUACUCCUUUGAUCGAAUCUCGUGUUAGAUUCUGUAUGUCAGCUUCUUUAACAAAAGAAGAUAUAGAUUAUUUGUUACGCCAUGUCGAUGAAGUUGGGGAUAAAUUAUUCUUAAAAGUCAGUUCAGGUAAGGCUAACGUCGAAGAAGAUGGUAGACCUCCAAGAUGGUCAAUUGAAGAAGUCUUAGAAAAGACUCCUCAAGAUUGUAAGUAUGAUCGUUUCUUUCUUGAUUAA